GAAGAGGUGAGCAUUUGUGAAUGACUGGCAGCGUAGCGUCAAGCCCUUUUUAUCGGGGGAGGGCCUCCACCCUCCUUGACACUGACGUGCUUUUUUCCAGCCAAUCCUGGCUGGCAGAAUGCAAUGGGAGCUUCUUAUGAGGUCACGCCAUAGGCGUUCCCAAUGUGAGACACUCACUCAAUCUACUCAGAGAACUGGGAUUACGCAAGUAACCUAAAGAUUUUUGUGGCUGAUAGAUGGCAUUCUUUAAGCAGCUGAACUCACAACUCAUGACAUAGCACAGUCAAGGCAUUUUUUAUUUGCACAGUUGAGAUGUUCUUUGCUCCUAUUUGAUAAAGGGCUCGAUAUUGCCCAUGUUGAUACACUUAUUGUCCCCUCUUUUUUUUUUUAUUCUCUCUUUGAGUAGUACCCAUUGCCUUGAUUUCUGAUUUGGCUCCUCGCCUUUGUCAGUUUCAUACCAUCAGUACAAAGGCUCCAUCCACAAAGGCUAAUGUUUCUAUAUUGACCAACUAUUUAUGUUGUAUUUGCACCGGGGAAAUGGAUUGUUAUCAAUAUGAAAUACAAGCCCUGAAAACAAGAAGGUACUUGCCAUGGCUCUCAUAACAGCAUUUUAAAUAGCGAAGGACAAUAUUACAAGUGACGGAUCACACCACGAAAAACAUGGUGGGAUUUAACAUUCAUGCCACAGUGGGAACCCUGUUGUUUUAUUUAUUUUUUUAAUCUCUGUUUGCUCAUUCUGAUGUCAAUGACCCCUCCAUUCCUAUUCUCAGAAGUCCAAAGGAGUGAAAAACAGCUCGGCCUGUGGCUAAAUCUAACCUCGGGAGUUUGUAAAAUUCCAAGCACUCAAUCUGCUCUGGAAUUUGCGGUCCCUGUGAUUCACCACAUUGGCUCGAAUAUAUAGAGUAACUAUAAUUUUUUCUGGAAAUGACACUCAAAGAUUAUUGUUUUUUUUUUUAUAUUCAAGAACUUGACUUUGAAUGCUUAUUUGGAAACUCUCAUAAUGUGUUCACGGCAGCAGAUGGCAGCAAGUGUUUGUAAAAUGAGGAUUCUUUCACCAGUUUUAGUUUAACGUAGUUGAAUGAACCAUAGAGGGUACGUGAUAUAUUGUGAUCUGCCAUUGGUGCACACUGUUGACAGCUGAAGAGAAGAGAAGCAGCAAGGUAUUUUUUCACAGUCGACAUUUUGACAUGUCACACGGUAAGAAAUGCUCAGGUGUAAAUCAUAAAAUGAAUUAUGCCUGAUUUCCAUUUGUCUGUUUCAAUUAUAGGGUCUAGAGUGGCCCACUGUCAUGGCUUACUGGGAGCUUACUGAGUAGCACUGAUUAAUCUUAUUCGUAACACCUGCUUUAUAGUAUGACAAGUCAGAAUGUCCAUUUAAAUUCUGGGGGUCGGUCUUUGUAGUUUUGGGUCAGGUGUGCAAUGUUGUCAACUAAAAUUCUAAUCAUACCAAAGAUUGUCGUAGGACUACUCAGUGAUUUAAUCUUCAUUGUUUUACUAAUGUCCCAGUUGGUAGUUUAGACGGGUCUGCCCCUUCAGGAUAAUGGAGGGGUUGAACAAAUUCUUAAAUCUUAAAAUUAAAUGGACUAAUGCAAAUCGGUUGUAAACAUAUCCAGGUACUGCGAGGGAUUGAAGUUCGAUUCCCUCUGUCAUCAUUUCUUGUGGACAAUAGUCCUGACCCCUUACGACCAAACAGCCAAUAAGCAUAGAGAAAAGCUUUUGCACACUUUACUUUGGUGAACUCACUCAAGGCCAGUUUCCUUCUGCCAUGUGACCAGAGUGUACCAGGUAUGAGUGUGUGACCACCACUUUGCCAUGCAAAGCACUGUCCUACAGCAUGUUUAUCACCUCUGGGAAAAAAAAUGGUCAACAUGUGUUCUUUGUGUAAAAUUCAAAAAAAUGUUUCCACGCUACAGCAUCCGAAUAUUCAGAAGAUCCAGGAGUUGUACCUUCUGAGAAUGCAAAGGGGCAAAGAAAGAAUGGAGAGGACCAAGACAGAAGACGAGAAUCAGUGUCAGAGGAAAUUGAGGGUGUGUGUGGCAACAUGCAACAGAGCCGACUAUUCCAAACUGGCCCCCAUCAUGUUUGGGAUCAAAAACCACCCUGACGAGUUUGAUCUGGAAGUCGUGGUGCUUGGCUCACAUCUCAUUGAUGACUAUGGGAACACUUUCCGUAUGAUCGAGCAGGACGACUUUGACAUCGGCUCCAAGCUCCACACCAUAGUGAGAGGAGAGGACGAGGCAGCUAUGGUGGAGAGCGUUGGGCUGGCACUUGUGAAACUGCCGGAUGUCCUACAGAGGCUGCGCCCUGACAUCCUGGUCGUUCAUGGCGACCGUUUUGACGCGCUGGCCCUAGCAACUGCUGCAGCGCUGAUGAACAUUAGAAUACUUCACCUGGAGGGGGGAGAGGUGAGUGGUACAAUCGAUGACUCAAUCCGCCACGCGAUCAGCAAACUGGCCCAUUACCACGCCUGCUGCACACGCGUGGCAGAGCAGCACCUCAUCGCCAUGUGCGAGGACCACUCUCGCAUCCUGCUUGCUGGCUGCCCCUCAUAUGACAAGCUGCUGUCAACAAAUCACAGAGACGACUACAUGGAUACCAUCAAGAGCUGGCUGGGUGACACGGUGCAGGAGGGUGACUACAUUGUGGCUUUGCAGCACCCAGUAACCACUGACAUCCAGCAAUCCGUUAAGAUCUACGGGCUGAUGCUGGAUGCCCUGCUCUCCUUCAACAAAAAGACCCUCAUCCUCUUCCCUAACAUUGACGCCGGAAGUAAGGAGAUGGUGCGCGUGAUGCGAAAGAAGGGCAUCGAGCAGCACCCCAACUUCCGGGCAGUAAAGCACAUUCCCUUUGAGCAGUUCAUCCAGCUGUUGGAACACGCCGGCUGCAUGAUCGGAAACAGCAGCUGUGGCGUACGAGAGGCAGGGGCCUUUGGCACGCCCGUCAUUAACCUGGGAACAAGGCAAACUGGCCGAGAAACGGGUGAAAAUGUUCUACAUGUCAGAGAUGCCGACACUCACAAUAAGAUCUACCACGCUCUGGAGCUGCAGUUUGGAAAGAGAUACCCCUGCUCUAAGAUUUAUGGCGAUGGAAACGCAGUUCCUCGUAUUCUCAAGUUUUUACGGGCCAUUGACCUGGAUGAGCCCCUCCAGAAGACUUUCUGUUUCCCCCCUGUAAAAGAUUCCAUCUCCCAGGACAUCGAUCACAUCCUGGAGACACAGAGCGCUCUGGCUAUUGACCUAGGAGGGACCAACCUCAGGGUGGCGAUCAUCAGCAUGAGGGGUAAGAUAGUAAAGAAGUAUACUCAGCCCAAUCCAAAGAACUUCGAGGACAGGAUGCAGCUCAUAUUAAAGAUGUGUGCAGAUGCCAUGCGGGACGCUGUCUGCCUCAACUGUAGAAUCCUUGGUGUUGGAGUUUCCACAGGGGGGCGUGUAAACCCCCAAGAAGGAGUGGUCCUGCACUCCACGAAGCUGAUUCAGGAGUGGUCCUCUGUGGACCUGAGGACACCCAUCUCCGACGCACUGCACCUGCCCGUCUGGGUGGACAAUGACGGCAACUGUGCUGCGUUGGCUGAGAGGAAGUUUGGUCACGGAAAAGGGGUGGAGAACUUUGUCGCUGUCAUCACAGGAACAGGUAUUGGAGGAGGGAUUAUCCAUCACAACGAGCUGAUUCAUGGCAGUACCUUCUGCGCUGCAGAGCUGGGCCACAUCAUGGUUUCAUUAGAAGGCCCAGAGUGUUCGUGUGGCAGCAGAGGAUGCAUCGAGGCUUACGCAUCCGGCAUGGCCCUGCAGAAAGAGGCCAAAAGGCUGCACGACGAGGACCUGCUGAUGGUGGAGGGGAUGGAUAUGAAGCUCACGGAGCCGAUCACUGCUGCCCACCUCAUCAACGCAGCCAGACUGGGGAACUACAAAGCUGACGCUGUUCUGAAGAAAGCCUCCACAGCGCUAGGUGUGGGCAUCAUCAACAUCCUCCACAUAGUGAACCCCACGCUGGUGAUUCUGUCCGGAAUCUUGGCCUCUUACUACCAGGCUCCAGUGCAGCACGUCAUCUCUGAGAGAGCCCUCGUCUCUGCCCAGAACAUCAAGGUUGUCAAAUCAGAGUUGGAGGAACCUGCUUUACUCGGAGCGGCAAGCAUGGUUUUAGACUAUGCAACCAGAAGGAAAUAUUGAAGGAUAUCAUUCUGAUUUACGAAGGACUGCUACCAACAAAAGGACAGCACAACUGAAAGUAGUACUUGUUCUGCCGUGAUAGAUACAUAAGCAUACAUUUUGAAGGCUAGACAAUGACGAUGCGUGCAAACCAUCAGUCAUUGUAAACCGCAGGGUGGGGGGGUUUCUGCAUUUAAGCUUUUCAGCUUUUGAGUAAACAUUAAUGCCAUCUUCAAACCAAAUUUACCCAUACAGGUUAGGACUAACCCACUCUACUUUGAUGUGAUGUGGGUGGAUGGAAAAGUCAUAGAGAAAGUUAUAGAAAGCUUGUAUCAGAUGUGACCAAAAUACUGCUUAAACAUUCUUCUGCAGCUUCCUGUCAAUUCACCUUAAUUACUUGCCAUCUCACUUUUCCAUUAAUGUUGUUUGGAGUUUUCAUUCUCUAUUUGGUUAUGCAUUAAAUUAUUUUAGGUGUAUAGGGGAAAGAAAUUGUUUUUAAAGAUAAUGGUUAAUGUAGUUGGUGAUGAGGAAGAAAUAGUUGAAAAAUCAGUUGAAAUGCUAUAAUGAAACGUUAGGUAGCAACUGAUUUAGCUGCUGUAGUAUAAGGAUAGCCUAGAGGGGGAAUCGUUUGCCUGUGUCAGGUGUUUCUUUGUACCAUUUCAUUACCACAGACCUUAUGAAGAUUUAAACUGAUUUUGAAGUUUUCUUCGUGCCUUUCGGAAGAUACAUUUUAUCUCAAAAUGAUUUAUAUGGCUUGUAUGUAAUUACAUACUGUAUUGUGCAUUACAAGCUGAUGGAAUUUUUUUGGGAUGUAUUUCUUUGUCAUCUUUUGGGGUUUAUGUCCAAAUAAAUGUACCGUCUUAGUACAAA